AUGUCGUCGGGGAGAGGCGGCGAGGGCAGCAGCGAGCCGGACGAGGCCGCGGAGGAGAUCAACGUCGACUCGGACUCGCGCAGCUGCCCGGGUAGUCCAAGUUGCCCCUCGCCCCCUCCAGUCAAGGAGCUGCUGCUGCGCAGCGAGCCGCCCACGAGCUACACCCGCGCCAGCCACCCCUUCAGCAUAAGCCGGCUCCUGGAGCAGCAGCCGCCCAGCCAGCCCGCCCCGGAGGAAGAGUCGGCCCAACGUGCCCCCAGCUGGACGGGCUGCUGGACAGCUGCCGAUGGGCACGAGGCGGAGCGCUGCUCCGACAGGGACGACGACGACACGGGCAGCACUCCGGAGCAACAGCACCAGCAACCACAGUCCAGCCAACUCCAGGCAGCGGACCUGCUUGCGCCGUUCAGGCUCUUCCCGGGUGCCUCGGGACUGUUGUACUCGAACGGGGUGAUACGGGUGCCAGCGCACAGGCCACCCGGAGGCGCCCAGGGACUCAUGCCACCCUGGGCGACGGGAACUCUCGGUCCUCUGGGAUCUGCCAGCCAACAGCAGCAACAAGCGGCGGCGGCCGCUGCCGCGGCGGCCAGCGCGGGACUGCACACCGCCAGGUUUCUGGCCAACCUUGCCGCCCACCCGCUCCAGGUGCACCCGCACCUCAAGGACCGACUAGCCGUGGCCGGAACGUUUCCACGGCGCAUCGGGCACCCGUACCAAAACAGAACACCACCGAAGCGAAAGAAGCCGCGCACGAGCUUCACGCGGCUCCAGAUAGCCGAGCUGGAGAAGCGCUUCCACAAGCAAAAGUACCUGGCCUCGGCCGAACGCGCGGCCCUGGCCAAGUCGCUCAAGAUGACGGACGCCCAAGUCAAAACGUGGUUCCAAAACCGACGGACAAAGUGGAGACGCCAGACAGCCGAGGAAAGGGAGGCGGAGAGACAGGCAGCCAACCGGCUGAUAAUGACGCUGCAGGCCGAAGCUCUGAACAAGUACGCGCCGGGGGCCGGCAUUGCUUCCGGAGCCGUGGUUCCUAAUCUCGACGGUCAGACAACGCCGGGGUCGCUGACGCAUCCGGUGAGCCAGUGGACGCCACCCUGUGGGAGAAUGCAGCCUCUCGCGGAUCCCAUCUGCUAAGAUUCCAUCCAAAAGUCACGCGCGCUCUCUUGCUCCUUAUCGCUCACUCAGCAAAGGAGACACUCGAUCGAACGCUCUUCGUACUACCUACUUCAGGUUCAAUUCUUUUGUAAUCUCUCUCCAUUUUUUGCAGAAUGGGUUUUUUUUUUCUCCCCUUUUAUUUACAUAUUUGUAUCCAAACCAAGUCUCUCGUCCGACCAAUUUGCGACGUUCGUCAAAGCUUGAUCAUUCAAUUCUAUCGAUAAGAAAUAAUUAUUAUAAUAAUAACAGUAAUAAUAAUAAUAAUAGCUAUUGUCAUAAUAAAGAUGUAGUAAUAAAACGAAAUAAUAAUGUGCAAUGGAGAAGACAUGAGGUACGACGGUAUAGCAGUGGUAGUGAAAAAUUGUAAAUAGAUUUCUGUCUUUGUGUACAUUAAUAUGAGAAAUGCGUAUUUUGAGAGACGAUUCUCAAGAAAAUAAUCACCCAGUACGAGACAUAUCUUGUAAAUAAUACCUAUAUUAUAUUGAAGUGAUUCCAUGAGAAAAUUCGCUCCUGAAAUUAUGUGAUUACAAUAAGUUGUAUGAUUAUUUUAUU